ACCUUAUUACUGUGGUUAAUUGUUAUAGAGUGAAAUGAAGCUGAACAUUUGCUAUCCCGCUCUCGGUUCUCAGAAGCCUAUUGAUAUCGAUGAUGAGAACAAGCUCCGUUGUCUGAUGGACAAGAGAAUUAGCCAGGAGGUUGAGGGAGACCUUCUCGGAGAUGAGUUCAAGGGCUACGUCUUCCGCAUCACUGGAGGAAACGAUAAGCAGGGUUUCCCCAUGAAGCAGGGAGUUCUCUGCAACUACCGUGUGCGUCUUCUGCUUGCCGACGGCAUGUCCUGCUACCGUGCUCGUCGCGACGGUGAGCGUAAGCGCAAGUCCGUGCGUGGCUGCAUCGUGGGUUCGGAUAUCUGCGUCCUGAACCUGAUGAUCGUGAAGAAGGGCGAGCAGGAGAUUCCGGGUCUGACCGACGAGGCCUCCGCGAAGCCCCGCCGCCUGGGUCCCAAGCGUGCGAGCCACAUCCGCCAGCUGUUCGGUCUGAGCAAGAAGGACGACGUCCGCAAGUUCGUGGUGCGCCGCCAGUUCGAGCACAAUGGCCACAAGCGCGACAAGGCGCCCAAGAUCCAGCGUCUGGUGACCCACCUGCGUCUCUGCCACAAGCGUGCGAACGAGCGCGCCAUGAAGCUGUCCCGCGAGAACUCGCGCCAGGAGGCCGCUGCCUACAAGCAGCGCAUGGAGCAGCUGAAGAAGGAGAAGAAGGAGGCCCGCUCCACCCGCAAGUCGCACCACGAAUAAUAAGGCGAUGGAAGGAAAACCACAGUAAUGACUUGAGGUUGUCAA